AACCACCACCAGCCUGCCCGGCGUUCCUCACCGCAGGGCCACCACCACCACUACCACCUCCGUCCGUGGGGUAGGUAGCUAGUCGGCCCGCCGUGCUAAACUUGCACCCACCGUCCCACGCGCCGGACAUGGUCAAGACCUACGAUUUCGGGUCUCGUUACAUGGGGCACCGGCGGAGGGGGGUGGGCGUGUGGGUGUGGUGCCAUUACUUGUCCCAUUGUCAAAGAGAUGGAAGAGCACACACCCAGGCGCUUGUUCCUUCAUUCUCCUCCUGCUCGUGGGGAAUAUAUAAUCGCCAGUCUCCCGGCCCCUUUCGACAUCACAAACUCUUCUUGUCAUAGUCAGGCACAGAACAAUCCAGUCUCCCCAUUGUCCAUACCUCUCUCCCCAACCUACAGCACUGCUAGCUUGCCUACUUCACCACCACCCAUUCGACAUUCACAAUGUUCGGCCUUCUCUCCAAGUCGGUCGCCGUCCUGGCUGCCCUCCAGGUCACCGUUGGUCUUGCUUCGCCUGUCCACUCCGCCGGCGUUGAGAAGCGCGGCAAUGGCUUCGUCAAUGCCGUCUACUUCACCAACUGGGGCAUCUACGGCCGCAACUUCCAGCCUGCCGAUCUUCCCGCCAACCAGAUCACCCACGUCCUCUACUCCUUCAUGAACAUCAAGGAGGAUGGCACCGUCUACUCUGGCGACACCUACGCCGAUGUCGAGAAGCACUACCCCACCGACUGUAAGCAACAUUGACCUCUAUAUACAUACCUCGUGGUAUACAUACUCAUUAGUGAACAUUCUCGUACUAACAUACACCUACAGCUUGGAACGACGUCGGCACCAACGUCUACGGCUGCGUCAAGCAGCUCUACAAGCUCAAGCAGGCUAACCGCCAGCUCAAGGUCAUGCUCUCCGUUGGUGGCUGGACCUGGUCCACCAACUUCCCUGCUGCUGCCAGUACCGAUGCCAACCGCAAGAACUUUGCCCGCACCUCCAUCGAGUUCCUCAAGGAUUGGGGUCUGGACGGUAUCGAUCUCGACUGGGAGUACCCCAAGGAUGCCACCGAGGCCAACAACAUGAUCCUGCUCAUCAAAGAAAUCCGCGCCCAGCUCGAUGCCUACUCCCAGAAGAGCGCCGGUGGCCACCACUUCGAAAUCUCCAUUGCCGCCCCUGCUGGCCCUGAGCACUACAGCGUCCUCAAGCUCCAGGAGCUCGGCCAGACCCUCGACCACAUCAACCUCAUGGCCUACGAUUACGCCGGAUCUUGGAGCAACGCCAGCGGCCACGAUGCCAACCUCUACAAGAACCCCAACAACAUGGCCUCCACCCCCUUCAACACCGAUGAUGCCAUCAAGGCCUACAUUGCUGGUGGUGUUCCCGCUAACAAGAUCGUUCUCGGCAUGCCCAUCUACGGCCGCUCCUUCGAGGCCACCGACGGCAUGGGCAAGCCCUACAACGGCAUUGGCCAGGGUAGCUGGGAGAGCGGUGUCUGGGACUACAAGGCUCUCCCCAAGGCCGGCGCUACCGUUCAGUGCGACACCACUGCCCAGGGCUGCUGGAGCUAUGACCCCUCUUCCAAGGAGCUCAUCUCUUUCGACACCCCCGACAUGAUCAAGACCAAGGUCGACUACGUCAAGAACAAGGGUCUCGGUGGCAGCAUGUUCUGGGAAGCCUCUGCCGACAAGAAGGGCGCCGACUCUCUCAUCGGCACCAGCUUCUCUCGUCUCGGUGGCAUUGACACUGCUCAGAACCAGCUCGCCUACCCCGACUCCAAGUACGACAACAUGCGCAACGGCAUGAAAUAAGUGCUCUUUUUGCCUUGUGUGCCGCUUUGAGUUUGCAACUCUGUAUAUAUCGCAUCUGCAAAUUCGGGCAGCGGCCAAUGUGCCGCCUGACGAUUUCAAACGUACAUAAAUUUGAUCCAGUUUUACAUAAAGCAAUGCAAUUUACACUUGUUAUUAUUUAC